AUGGUUGAUUUACUAGAGAUUAACAUUCCAGAGAAGCGAGUGGAGAUGGCUUCAUCGUCACAAAGAAAGAGAAGAAGAAGAAGAAUAAGGAAACGAAGAAGAAGAAACGAGAAGCGAGUGAAGGCUCCAUCUUCCUUACCAAACGACGUCCUAGAGGAAAUCUUUUUAAGGUUUCCCGUCAAAGCCAUAAUCCGACUCAAGUCUCUCUCAAAACAAUGGAGAUCGACGAUCGAGUCUCGCAGUUUUGAAGAGCGACACUUGAAGAUCGCUAAGCAAGCCUGCAUUGAUCAUCCCAAGGUCAUGAUCGUCACCGAAGAAGACCCCUUACGAGGACCAGGGCUUCGUCCAGACACAGACAUUGGUUUUAGAUUAUUCUGCUUGGAAUCAGCUUCUCUACUAUCCUUUACCCGUAUCAAUUUCUCUCCAGGGUUCCUCCACCGGAACCAAAUUUCUGAAAGCUGCGAUGGUCUGUUCUGCAUACAUUCACCAAAAUCACAUUCUAUCUAUGUUGUUAAUCCGGCUACAAGGUGGUUCCGCCAACUUCCUCCUGCUAGGUUUCAGAUUUUGAACCACAAGUUUAAUUACCUCACUGACCGUGAGUGGAAUAGAGAAGUGCAAUCAGUAGCAUUCGUGAAGGCUACUGAUUACAAAUUAGUGUGGUUGUACAAUUCCGGUAAAUACAAUGAUGAUCCCUCGAGUCCAAACAAAGGAGUUACCAAGUGCGAGGUUUUUGACUUUAGGGCAAAUGCUUGGAGGUACUUGGCUUUCACUCCAAGUCAUCGGAUAUAUCAUGACCAAAAGCCAGCAUAUGCAAACGGGUCGGUGUAUUGGUUCACGGAACCAGAUAAUGCAAGAAUCGAAGUAGUGGCUUUGGAUAUUCAUACCGAAACAUUUCGGUUGCUGUCUAAGAUUAAUCCGGCGAUUGCUGGUUCAGAUCCUCACCAUAUUGAUAUGUGCACUUUGGAUAAUAGUUUAUGUAUGUCGAAAAGGGAAGACGUUACGAUGAUUCAAGAGAUUUGGAGGUUAAAACCAUCCGAAGACACAUGGGAGAAGAUUUUCACCAUAGAUUUGCUUUCUUGUCCGUCUUCUCGGGUUGAGAGUCGUGAUUUAUUUAAAUGGAGCCAGAAGGAUAUGGUUGAGCCAUCGACACCUGUGGCGGUAUGCAAGAAUAAAAAGCUCCUGCUCUCACAUCGCUAUUCCCGAGGUCUGGUGAAAUAUGAUCCCUUAACAAAGUCUCUCGAUUUCUUUUUCCGACAUCCUUGGUCUAAGAGAAAAGUCACUUAUUUUCAGAGUUUGAUAUCUCAUCUAUAA